GCUCCCCGUCCUCCUGACAGCAGAGAGCAGAGUACAAACAGGCCCGUGCAGAUCUGUGAAUACAAACCGUUUUUUAAUCGUCGUAAUGCACAGAUUAAAGAUCAUUUCGGGACACCUGUCUCCCCCCGGAUCCUCUGAACACAGGCGGGACUUAUGGAGGUCUGACUGCGGGGCUAUAGUCACCAAAAGCCCGCAGGAUGUGGUGGUUGUUCACGGGCUGAGGACCGCUGUGUGCAAGGCGAAGAGAGGAGCCUUCAAAGACACCACGCCUGACGAGAUGCUCAGCGCCGUGAUGAAAGCUGUGAUGACAGACGUUGGACUCUCCGCCGACAAACUGGGAGACAUCUGUGUCGGUAACGUUCUGCAGCCCGGUGCCGGUGCUCUGGUGGCCAGAAUAGCUCACUUCCUCAGCGGGUUUCCAGAGACGGUUCCUGUCUCCACGGUGAACAGACAAUGCUCCUCUGGACUGCAGGCGCUGUUUAACAUCGCAGGAGCCAUCAGGAGCGGAUCCAUCGACCUGGGCCUCGCAUGUGGCGUGGAGAGCAUGUCGCUGCGCUCCAUGGGGGAUCCUGGAGAUCUGAGCCCGAGGCUGACGGACUUCGACAAAGCCAGAGACUGCAUCAUGCCCAUGGGCGUCACCUCGGAGAACGUAGCAGAGAAGUUCGGGGUCUCCAGAGAGAAGCAGGACGCCUUCGCUCUCAGCUCCCAGCAGAAAGCGGCGCGGGCUCAGAGCUCCGGAGUGUUUGAGCAGGAAAUCGUCCCGGUCAGCACGAGGAUUAUAGACGAGGACGGGACCGAGCGAGAGCUGACGGUUGCUAAGGACGACGGGAUCAGAGCGGGAACCACUCUCUCCGGACUGAACAAACUCCGGGCCGCCUUCAAACCGGACGGCAGCACCACAGCAGGUAACUCCAGCCAGUUGAGUGACGGAGCAGCGGCCGUGCUGAUUGGCCGGCGGUCAGCAGUGGAGGCUCUGGGUCUGCCGGUGCUCGGGGUCCUGAGGGCGAGCGCUGUGGUGGGGGUCCCUCCAGACCUGAUGGGCAUCGGACCGGCGUACGCUAUCCCUGCAGCUCUGAAGCAGGCUGGACUGACCGUGGCUGACAUUGAUGUGUUUGAAAUCAACGAAGCCUUCGCCAGUCAGGCGGUGUACUGCGUGGAGCACCUGGGGAUCCCUGUGGAGAAGGUGAACCCUAACGGGGGGGCCAUCGCUCUGGGUCACCCUCUGGGCUGCACCGGGGCGCGGCAGGUGGUCACGCUGCUGCACGAGCUGCGACGCAGGGGGAAGAGAGCGUACGGAGUCGUGUCCAUGUGCAUCGGGACUGGGAUGGGAGCGGCGGCUGUCUUUGAAUACCCCGGACCGUAGGAGACAAACACUGUGAAUGUAAACCCCUUUCCGACAUGACAUGUUAUCUGCCUUCUCAAAACCAAAUAUGUUUUACUCGGCUAAGAGAGGCGAUUAGGCACAUUGGCAUUUACCACGCCCAUACAAUCAAGAUGUUUUUACAGCACGGCGACCAACAGAAAUCUACACUUGACAUUAUUUUGAAAGCUACCAGAGCUACUAGUUGAAAAGUGAUUGUUAGGUGGAUGUGUGGAACAGUCAGGAGCGCUUUCUUCCUGUAACGCCAGAGAAACAGCUUAAUUUCAUCAGACAACAAAAACCACACCACUCUCCAUGCAGCUCUGGUAGCUCUUUUUUUUGCUUUUUGCCGCCAUGCUGUUUAACAUCAUGAUCAUGUGACCCCGAUUUAUGGCAGUCUCACUACAGAAAUAUCCUCUGAGACGUGUGCAAAAUGUUUUAAACCCAUCCUUUACCGUCCUGGAGCAGUGAGCAUUUCUCUGCUCUUCUGUUUUCUCUUGCCCGGAUGAAAAUGUUGUGAGUUGUACUGAAUUAAUAAUAAUAUGUAAACAACAUCCAGUCCACACACAACUUGCUCAACUCAAGAUCCUGUGUCAUGUCUGAAAGGAGCUACGAAAUCCCUCUGCACUAAUGCUGCUGUUCUUUAGAUGUUAAUACUUGUGUAGAAGAUGUAUUUCAAGUGCCUCUGAUUCCACAUGAUUAUCUAACCUCUCUGGUCGUUUUUCAAGAAUGGAUUCAUCCUGCUUUUAAUGUGUUUUCUGUAAAAGUCAAAGAGAGAGAGACAACCUUAUUUGACAUAACAUUAAACCGCACCAUGCCAGCAGGCCUGAAUCGUCUAUAUUCCCUACGAAUGUGUGUGUAGAGAGAAUUUACUGAAUGUUUUUGAGGAUGUAAUGACUAGAGGAUGUUUUGUCAGAUCUAAGGACCAAUCCAAAACAGUUAUUUUGCUUAUAAAUUAAUCAGAAUGACUGCUUUUCUUGCUAAAUGUCCAAUCUCCUGAAGUGAUUUUUUAUAAUAAAAUGUCUUCUUAAAACUGAUUUUCUAAGU